GAGAGAAGAGGCUGAUCCAUGUUAAUUUUUAACAGAUGUGUCCACUCACUCACUUCGAUCUCCUACAUAUCAGUGAAGUUUCUGUUAAACUACACUGAACAGGACAUUAACGGCUGUAAAGAUGCGUGGUAUCUUCAGUUGUUGUACACUCACAGCACUGCUGCUGUCUGCAGCCUGGGCAGACCCCCACAGCUCUGGACACAGCCAUACUGAUGAUACUAGCUGCCACAGGCUGUCCUCCCCCAAUGCUGACUUUGCCUUUGCCCUCUACAAAAGUCUGAAGGCCAACACUGCUGCUGGAAAGAACAUCUUCUACUCACCGCUGGGAAUCUCCACCAUCCUGUCCAUGGUGUCUGCAGGAGCUGGAGGUGAAACCCACAGCCAGCUGUUCUCCACCUUGGGCUACAGCGCCUUCAACCAAACCCAGGUCAAUGAAGCGUACAAACAUCUCUUUGACGUCCAUGGACACAGUCAGGAGAAUCUACAGCUGGAUGUAGGAAAUGCUGCUGCAGUGCGCUCUGGCUUCAAUCCUCUGGAGACGUUCCUGAAUGAUGUCAAGGAGUUUUACUCUGGUGAGAUCUUCAGCGUCAGCCAGGAUCUCUCUGAGGCUGCAGCUGAGAUCAACAGAUUUAUUGCAAAUAAAACCCAGGACAAGAUCAGAGACAUGGUGAAGAACCUGGAUCCUGACAUGGUCAUGGUGCUGAUCAACUACAUCUACUUUAAAGGACUGUGGGAGAACCCGUUCCAAAGUUCUAUGACACAUAAGACUGAAUUUCAUGUGGACAAGACCACCAAAGUUCAGGUAGACAUGAUGUCAAGGACCGGGUACUAUAAGGCCUACUGGGACAGAGCAAACCACACCACUGUCAUCAGUCUGCCUUACAAGGGCGACGCCUCCAUGAUGAUCGUCCUGCCUGAUGAAGACAAGAUGGAGGAGGUGGAGGGCUAUAUCAACAAGGACCACAUCAGACGUUGGAGGAACUCAGUCUCUAUGAGAUAUAUAAGACUGUUCAUGCCAAAGUUUUCCGUCUCUACUGAUGCUUCCCUGGAGAGCACUUUGAAAGAAAUGGGCAUCAUAAAUGCUUUUGAAGACAACGCUGAUUUCUCUGGUAUAUCUGAAGACUUACCGCUCAAAAUCUCAAAGGCGUCCCACAAGGCUGUGCUCAGAGUCACUGAGAUUGGAACAGAAGCAACAGCAGUCAGCACUGUGGAGUGGGUAUAUCUUAUGUUACCUCCAACCAUCAGUAUUGACAGACCAUUCCUGGUUUUCAUCAUAGAGAACUCCAGUGGGAGCAUCCUCUUCAUGGGCAAGAUCAGCAACCCAACAGCUGAGUGAAGAAUCCAAGAUAAUCAGUCCUACAUCUCAUCAGUGGAGAAUAAUUUAUUGUAAAAUCAGGACUCAUCUGUAAACACUAGGGAUGGGACUCACUCAUUAGCUUACAAAUCGGAUAAAACUAGAUACUGCAGGCUAUGAUACAAUGGCUGAUAAUACAGAGUUCCUGUAAUGGUUUAAACUGUACAGUGCCAUGAUUCUUUUUGCAUAUUUAUCACACUUAAAUAUUUUGGAUCAAACCAAUUUUAAUAUAUCACAAAGACAACCCAAGUAAAAACAAAAUGCCAUUUCUAAAUGAUGAUUUAAUUCAUUAAGGGGAAAAAAUCCAACCUAACUGGCCCUAUAUGAAAAAGGGAUUGCCACCUUAAACUAAUAACUGAAAUCAAGUGUCUGAAUUAACUGGUGAUGAGUCUUUCGCAUCGCAAAAUCAAGAAAUUUACAGUAGACUAAAUAUUACAGGCCUCUGACUCAGCAGAAUUUACAUGUCAAGAUUUAAAAUAAAUUUGAUUCUUCA